CCGGACUUCAUCGCGACCGUGACGCCGACGACAGCACCUAACAUUGCGCUAAUCGGGGCCGGCAUCAUUCUAGUCCGUCUUUUGGCUCCUGCACCUACAGUGCUACCGCAGAUUAGCCGAGUCUAAUUGAGCUCUACACAUGGCUGACUCGCAGGACGAGCCGCUCAUAAAUGGAGGUGAAGCCCCCAUGCAAAAACGCAGGUCGUCCAGGUGGCUUAAGAGAAAUUUUAUCAUUAUCAUGUUGUUCGCUGGUACCACAACCCUUUUAUUCUGGGUGUUUGGCACCCCUAGCCUCGGGCGACCAACACAAGACUCGCCCACCUACGGUUCUGAUGGAGACCUCAUUGUAACACUUCCCGGAUACGGAUCGUUCCAGGGCAUCAAAGUCGUUUCGAAUCUUCCCCAGACGACCAACUUCAGUACACCCGUCGACGCGUGGCUGGGUGUUGACUACUCGACACAGCCAGUCGGCGAAGAUCGAUUCAAGCCUGUCACCUGGCCAGCAGCCUUUGAUGGUGUCAAAAAUGCCACUACGUAUGGACCGGCAUGCUGGCAGAAUGUGUAUUCUUCAACGCUGCAGUCUGAAGCCUGUCUCAACCUGAACGUUUUCCGGCCAUCUGGCGUCCCUCUCGAUCAGAAGUUGCCCAUAUUUAUCUUUAUACAUGGUGGUUCAUUCGUUAGUGGUUCUUCAAAGAGCUUUGAUGGUGCCAUGUUUGUUGCCAGGAGUGCUCAGCCUGUGAUGGUCAUCACGAUGCAAUACCGCCUUGGCGCGAUCGGCAAUAUACCCAGCAAGCUCAUGCAAGAGGAGGAUGGUCUGAACUUGGGUGUACGUGACCAGCGCCAGAUGCUGGAGUUCGUACAGAAGUAUGCUGACUCCUUCGGCGGUGACAAGGACCGAGUUACACUCGGUGGCCUCAGCGCUGGUGGACACUCUGUUGGCAUCCACCUGUUCCAUAACUACGGCGAGGACACUGGCAAGCCCCUCUUCGCACAAGCUAUCUUGGCUUCUGGCUCGCCUACUGCGCGUGCUUUCCCUGGAGUCGACUACGCCUUGUACCAGCGUCAAUUCGCAGAUUUCAUGGACUACCUCAAUUGCCCAACAACACCCAAUGACGCGGCCAUGGCAUGUCUACGCGCGGCUGAUGUCGAUGACCUCCAAUUCAUGUCGUCUGCCCUGUACUCCGCUUCCAACUACAACAUCACAUGGCCCUGGCAACCCGUCUCUCCAGGCCCUCUUAUCGAGAAGCGCGGUUCCACUUCUGGUGAAGAUGGUACAUUCUUCAAGAUCCCCAUCCUCAUCUCCUCCGCCACCAAUGAUGGCAGCCCCUUUGCGCCUCAGGAUCUACGCACAAAUGCCGAGUUUGUAAAAUUCUGGCAAAACCUCGCACCCGGCCUCACAGCGGCCGACCUCGAGGACGUGCAGCGCCUAUACCCAGACCCUACGACUUAUGGCGCUCAGAGCCCCUUCCUACCCGUGACUGAGGACUACAUCAGUCCUCAAUUUCAGCGCAUCAGCGCCGCAUAUGGCGACUACAGCUAUACCUGUCCGGUGCAAGACACUGCCAGCCGUCUUGCAGCAGCAGGUGCCCCAGUGUACAAGGCGCGCUUCAACACUCCCAACUGGACGCCUACAUACCUGGGUGCUCCUCAUGCAAGUGACAAUGGCUACUAUAACGGUCAAGUUGGCACACAGUACCCUGAGAUCGCGGAGAUCUACAGCGCCUACUUCGCCAGCUUCGUGGUUAGCGGUGAUCCAAACACCUAUGCUGAUUCGAGGGCUCCGAAGUGGGAGAUAUACACCGGGACUGGAGGCAACCAACUCGUUGUCAGCCCACCUGCGCAGGGCGGCGCGCAGAUGGAGGUGGAAGCAGCGGGUAUUAGGAUGGAGCAGUGUGCAUGGUGGAGAGACGAGGAUCGUGCUAAGAGGCUCAAUAAGUGAGCUCGAAGUAAUAGUUAACAUGUCAUGAUAUUAAUGAACGGUUCUUGGUCUUAUUCAGGAGUAGUAUUGUGAUGCGGCACUUACUCGCAAUUUAUGCUCGCAGAAGCAGUC